AUGGUUGAACGCUUUGAUGCCCUCACACAAACUGAAGGCUGGGCAAAUGCCCGAGACGUCGGAACUUUGACAAAGACGAUCUUUGAGAAGACAAUUGAGCGAUCCGGUGGACGAGAGAUGCAGUUGAGCCAAACAACGAUGCUUGAGGCCAUUGAUUCCAUGAUACUUGAACGGACCCGUCGAGCAAAUGUUCUAAAAAAGACCUCCACUUGA